ACAGCCAGUUUGUGUCAGACCGCAGGCAAUUGUACCGUAUCAGUUAUGCGUGUCAUUGAAUGCCCGCUGGUGUUUAUAUAAGUGUUAUAUAUAAGAUGACAUUUUAUCAAGCAGUCCACACACAAUUCAUCUUCAGGCUCGGAAGGAUUUUUAAAAUAUUUGUGCACACGAAAUCGGAAUAUUUCAUGGAAAGCAAACAGCUUGCAUAAAUAUAGCAGGAUAUAUGUGUGUCGAUUUAAGUAUCAAGAUGAGUGCGGGCAGUGCUCUUUGUUUCGGAGUGUUUCUUGUUUUUGUUUUCACGGAGAGUUCAUGCCAUCCGAGCUACAGGGACGUCAUACCGAACGGUCACCAAGUUCGCGAUCCGUGCUCGGGAGUCAAAGGCGACACCUGGCAGAGGGUGGGUCAUCAGAUCAAUAAGAAGUAUGAUGACGUAAGAUCAAAGAAAAAGCUAAACAAUUUUGGCAAGGAUUUUUAUGCCCUGAAGAAACAAGCCGGCGACUCCCUAGAGCGAAUAUGGCCUAAUCUCUGUCCCAUGAAUUCCGACGGAGACGGACGUACGAACGGCGAGGAGCUCGGGGACCCGGAAUGUGUGUGGACCAUGGACCAACCGUCCCCCGGGGGAAACAUGACUAUUUUUCAUCCAGGUAUUCCAGAAAACGAAGAUGGAACACUCACAGAAAAGACUAGGCAAGCAUUUUGUGACUUGCAUCGGGCUGCAAAGAAGAAGAUUACGAAGAAACACCGCAAGGUCAUUUCACAUAUUGGAUCGACGCACAAGCGAGGGAGGACGCUGUGAAUUCGGUCCGAAAAAUGGUUUCGAUCAUCCUAGGCAGUUUUUCAACGUUGCAAAAUAUUGAGACCCCAACAGUGCUAGUCAAUCAUAAUAAAAACCUGUUCAUUUCGUUGUAUCUUCAAUUUGAUUUUCUUUGAUUAGUGAAUCAAUAACUGUGCAUCUUUAUAAACCUGAUUGAUCAUUUUUACAUAUGUUAAAUCCAAAAUUAGUAUAUAUUUUAUUGAACCAAUUUCCCAGUAUGUGUGCUUUAAAAUAUCAAAUACAAGAGUUAAAUUAAAUAGCAAUUGAAUAUGUUAGUAGUGGUAAAAUGAUAAAUUGAAAAGAACCCAAUGAAUAACCGUUUUGCAUGUUUAUUGAUGCUACAUAACAGGUGCAAUGCUAAACAUACAACGUCAAUUUUAUUUCGAUAAAGUCAACAUGAGUUGAAAUGUUCGAUAAAUAUGAUUUGUUUCAAUAAAAUUCAAUUUAAAAGAGCAUAUUGUAUAUGUUCUAGUGAGCAUAAACACAUGUUCAUGUUCACAUGAGAGGCUUCAGAACAGUCCUGUUAGAAAAAAAGCUACCAACACCUGACAAUCAUGUGUCUGUACAAACCACAAUCAUUAAGACCAGAAAAUGUACAAUUGUGUUAAUGUUCAGAGCAAGUUUAACGACAGGUGGCUCAAAAAUGUGAAAUGUACAAUUUCCAAUUGUUUUUACCAAGCAAACUGCACCACCUCUUUGCAAACAUGCUGUUCAGUUGUAAGGAACCAUAUCUCACUCGUCGGAGAAAUAUUGAUUUGGAUACAAAUGGGUCACAUAGUUUGUUGGCAAGCUUUUAAUUUAAUAAGACUGUCACCUAGUUUUAGCCAGUUUUAAACUUUGUAAAGAUAUCAUUGGGACCAACGUUAUCCAUAUUUAAUGAAGUCUGGUAAAUCAAAGUGGCCACAUAAAUGAUCAGAAGCUUUUUCUUUAAAUUGACCUAAUGACUUAGUUUUAAGCAUUUGGAAAAAUGUUUAAACUAAGUUAUAUGAAGAUUGAGAAAAACAUGCGGCACCUUAGGUGUUCACGAGCUUUUUCUUUAAAUUGAUCUCGCGACCCCUUGUUUUACCCACGUGAACCAGUUUCAACAUAGGCCAAAAUAUAUUGGGGACAAAUGGUCUUAAUAAGUUUCCUAAAGUUUUCACAUUGAAUAUGGCCUCUAGAUUUUUCACCAGCUCUUUCUUAAUAUGUGCUGUAGAAGUUUUACAGAGUAUUUGCAAUAAAUGCGACCUCUAUAUUGUUCACAAGGUACUAUAUAUUUUACUAUAUUGACUGCUUUACAAUGUUAAUUGAUAAAUUAUAUUUGAUAUUAAAUAUCAUAUGUGCACUCAAUGUUUGCUACAAAUUUUGCCUCAUAUCCUCAACAAAUUAAAUGGUCGCACAAUUAUUUAAAAAAUUAUAUUGGUUUUCAAUUAACAUAUAACAUUGUUACCAUAUCUUUAUAUUAUCUCGGUGUAUCUGUUGUGAAAAUGUGUCUACGUUUUUUACUAAUCGAAAUUAGGGAACUGUAAUUUAUUUGAAAGGCACUAUUCACAAUAAUCAAAGUGCAUGUGAAUGACUUUGUUUGAUACAGAAUAACACGACUAAUUAGCAUUCUUCAUUUUUAUCACCGAUGGUGUAUGUUGAAAAAAGCUGUUUAACAUCAAAUGUUAAUGUAUGACCGCAUAGUCAACGUUUCGCCUUUUUUUAUCUUUCCUUAUACAAUGCUUAAAGGAAAAAUGAAAAUAAAAUGUUUUAAAUCUGGUCUGUAACUCAGGUACUUGUAUUAUUAUUCGUAUCUAUUUUUUAUGAAACAAGCAAAUUUUACAUGAUUGAUUACUAUCAUAUCAGAGCAUGAUGCCUUUAAAGUUUUAAAUAUCAGCAAUGAGGUACUGUAAUCUGAUUUAAUUGUGCUGCAGAUGUUAGAGAUAUAUGACAUGUAUAUGUCAACAAAGGAUGUUUAUAUUAAUUACCGAAUAUGCGUCAAUGAAUACCUAAUGACCCUAAUAUCUUUUGCCAAAGCUUCUUUUAUAAAACUAAACAGGUUAUUACCAAUCACCAUUAUGACAGAUGAUUGUCAUGUGUGGUAAUACAUUUAUAUGACUUUCCAGUCAGCAGAUUUGAUAAGUUUCUAUGACAACAGUAUUCAUAGUCCAUAUUGAUCAGUCUGGUUUAGCAUUGCGAUAAUUUUUAAUGAACACGCAUGAAUUGAAAAAAAAUUACACUUUCUAUUUUUUAAUGAAUAUAUUAAUCAAGAGCAUAAAAUGUCAUCAUUUUGUUUAUGUGUAUGUGUUCAUGUGUCAGGACAUAUUACCUCAAUUAAAAAUACUUAAUUUG